CGCAAUGAUUAAAGGUGCAACGGGUACCCGCGGCGUGAGGAAGACAGGCGCCCUCUGUUGUUACGAUAGUCGCCCUCUUGAUUAUCGUCCACCAUCAUGGGUAUCUCACGGGACAGGUGGCACAAAAGACGAAAGACCGGUGGCCGUCGCAAGCCCCUGCGUAAGAAGAGAAAGUUUGAGUUGGGUCGCCCAGCUGCCAAUACCAAGCUUGGCGCCAGGCGUAUCCAUCUGGUGCGAUGCAUGGGUGGUAACAUAAAGUACAGGGCACUGCGUCUGGAGCAAGGCAACUACGCCUGGGGUUCAGAGAAUGUCGCUCGCAAGACCCGUAUCCUGGACGUUGUCUACAACGCCAGUAACAACGAGCUGGUGCGUACCAAGACCCUGGUCAAGAACGCCGUGGUGCAGGUGGACUCCACCCCCUUCAGGCAGUGGUACGAGGCCCACUACGCCCUCCCCUUGGCUCGCAAGAAGGGAGCGAAGCUGACGGAGGCCGAGGAGGAAGUGCUGAACAGGAAGCGCUCCAAGAAAGCCACCAAGAAGUACGAGGAGCGCAAGAAGACGGCCAAGCUGAGCCAGAUGCUGGAGGAUCAGUUCAGCACAGGAAGACUGCUCGCUUGCAUCACAUCCAGGCCAGGGCAGUGCGGUCGAGCCGACGGCUACAUCCUAGAAGGCAAAGAGCUUGAGUUCUACCUCCGAAAGAUCAAGUCCAAGAAGGGAAAGUAAACAAGUAAACGACAACAUCAGCAUCAUCAUCAACAACAACAAAAUGGUUUUAGAUACAUACUAAUGAGGCCACCUUAACAGUGUUAAAUUCUGGAUACCCGUUUCACAUCCGUUGCUCUCUAUAAUGGAUAGCAUCACUUUGUGAAGAAAUAAAAACAUAAAGACUUCUAUACCAAUAGU